AGAGCUGUCAGGUAGGCUGAGCAUUUAUUUGCAGAUAAAGGAGCUGAAGGAAAGAGGACACACCAGCCAGCACACAUCAGGAUCAUGCCCAGUGCUAUUACAUAGGAGCCAGGCAACCCACUGCUCAUCUGAAAAGACCGUGAUCGGGAAUUAGAAACAUGGAAGACCUCCAUAAUAGCUCUUCGGAAUACAAAACAAAAGAAACUCCAGUGAAGACGGAACUAGGCUCCCGCUGUGUAGUCUUUACCUAUUAUCAAGGGGACAUUAAUAGUGUUGUUGAUGAACACUUUUCUAGAGCCCUAAGGACUAUAAAGGACCCGCAGGACUUAAGCAUUAAACAUCGAGGGGAUGACUACCUUUCAAAGAACAUGAGCAGUAUGGCAACAGAUGAUAUGAACUGGACAAGGCCUUAUCAAGCAACACCUCCUGUAAGGAUGCCUGCGUCUGUCUUAACUCCACUACCUUCUACAUCAGAACACUAUGCUACAGUUUUCCAAACACAUCCCCAUCAGGCAGCAGACAUUUGGCCACUUUAUCAAAUUGGGCCCCAUAAUCCCAUUGCCCCAGUUUAUCAGCACUCAAUGUCAGAUUUUCCUAUGGUCCCUGGCACUGGCCCUGAUGGCAAGCCUGGCUCUCUUCUAAGUCUACUACAGCAUGAAAGAUAUCCAGCUCCCCUUCAAGAAUCAAUAAUUAAGCAGGAGAUUCUCGCAUCCACAUCAGCAGGGAUGUCUGCUCCAGAAAACCUAAAUCCAAGGAUGAAUCCUCAAACAGAUCUGCAUUCUCAGGACAGAAGAAAAGACUAUUUUCAUCCUCAAGAUCGAAGGAAGGAUUUAUACUUUUAUUAGUUUUCUCCCUCCAUGGAUACUUUUGUAAAUUUGUUGUAAAGUACCUUCAAAAAUCUUUUUAUUAAAGUUGGACAUCCUUAUUGGACGAGAGUAAAUAAUGUACUGUCGGCUUUCGCAUGGAGCAAAUGGUUUCUUCUUAUUGGACACCGGAAAGCAAACAAGUAUUUUUUUGUGUGCACCCUGCUUUGUUUGGACUCAAUUUCAGAAUCCUUAAAGAGGAAAAUGAAUCAUGUUUUCCUGUGUUCUUAGACAUACCUAUGUAUUGUACAUUUUACUUUCUACCUUCACUAUUCAUAAAAUUUACUCAAAAGGGUACGGGAGGAAUCCGAGUGUAGAAAACAGGCCCUGCUUAGUAAAAUUCCUGCUUAAAGCUGUAUUUAAUUAUUUUGUUGUUUAGGAGAUUAGCAGUUACCUAUUAUGUAUUUCUAAGCUUUCAUUAGUAGUCUAUUAAAUAUAUGUUAAGUGCUGUUAAUACUAGGCACGACCCUGCCUGUGGGCCCUAGACUGAGGGUCCCCAACAUUUUAUCUGUUGUGUAAUUGUAUCUUUAUCUGUAAACCUCAUUCAAAUGUAAAACGAUUUGGGGAGCAACACAAGCAUGCAAAAAGGUCUCGUGGAUGUCAAAUACGGACUGUGAUUGGCUACUUGGUAGCCCCUAUGUAGACUGGCAGCCUACAGGAGGCUCUGUUUGUCAGUACACCUGUAUUUCUGCAACCAACACUUGCUUCAAAACCAGGAAUUUAAAAAUAAACACCUCUGGGGCCACUGGAACAACAUCCAAGGGGUUGGUGAGCAACAUAUUGCUCACAAGUGACUGGUUGGGUAUCACUGCUCUAGACAAACAAUCAGAUCAGUUAGGGGGGUAUGCUGAUCUGUCUGCAUCCACAAACCUACUAUGGUUUUUCCAUUCUACCCGAUCAGUAUCUGAGUGAGCCAUAAUCAGAUAUUAAUAUGGUAGGGCCUUAUUUUGGGUUCAAACAUGCCCCUUCAGUGAGCUGCCAAACCUGAAAAGCUGUCUGUCUAUCCUUUGGUGUGAGAAUUCAGCUACUAUGUAAAUAUACACAUGCAAAAGAGAAGGUUCUGUUUAUAUUCUAACACAUAUUUGUAUGCAUCACAACCGUCUAUGGCCAAAGCAGCUAUAUUUGCACAAUGUGCUCUUGGCAGUCUAUUCUACUAUGCAGUAUAAUUAAACUCUGAGCCGGACUCUCUCUCUCCUAUCGCUGGGGGUAAAACAUUCGAUAACAUCUACCAGCAGUAUUUUAUUAAUAUAGUUGAGUAGCACACAUUUUUAAAAAUGUAUUUGCAAGGAAAUCACACUCCGGUAAUGAAGUAAACACACUAUUAAUAUACAGUAAGUGGUAAAAUUGCCAGUUUUCUAAACAUUUUGCUUCAAAGUCACACGCAGUCAGUAGGAACUAGACAUAUUUUUAAUACUAUUUCCAUGUAGCAUGUAAUCCAUCUGUAAAUAUCCUACCUCAAGUCUAAUAAUUAAAAAUAUUUUCUGGACAAUACUACUACUGGCAUAACUGCACUUUUCAUUGAGCAACAUGGUUCCAUGUUUUGUGGAUUUGUAUUGAUUUUUAUUGUGUUUCUAGUGGGGUAAAUAAGAGAUGUGGGCAUUCUAUUUAUUUAUAUGCUUAUACAUGUAAUCAGUUUUUGAAAAAUAAUUUCCCUUAAAAAUAAAUCACUUCUUGAAGACAGUUUUAAUGUUACAAAUUUGUUUGAUUUACUGUGAAUUUACAUAAUAAAUCAUCCCAGAUUUCUUCAUUGCAA